AUGGCGCGGAGUUCCUACCAGCGCCUGCCCUCCCACCCCAUCUCGCCGCCCAAUGCCCCCGGCUCCUUCUCUUCCAGCGGCCUGGGCGAGGAGCCUGCUUCCCUGCGGCAGCAAAAGCUGGAGCUGCAGCGCUGCAUCUUUGAGAAGAAGCAGCGCCGGAAGCGCCAGGAGCCGCUCAUGGUACAGGCCAACCCCGAUGCCAAGGUGACGGGCCGCCGGGGGCGCCGGCCAGAGGAACGCACCCCCCUGAUGGAGUCCUGCAGUGACCACAGCCUCUGCAACGGAACCAGCAACCCCUUCCUGGUGGAGUCGGUCCCGGAGGCCCAUCGCCCUGCUGACGCCUGGGGCAGCUCCGUGCACCUGGACCGGGGCCCCCGAGCUGCGCAGGAGGCCUCAGGUGCCUCCGACGCAGAGCUGGAAGAGGCCGUCCUGGAGGACACGCGGCCCAUCAGCAAGGCCAAGGCGGCACCCAGCUCCAGGCGCCGGGGCUGGCCGGCCAAGCAGAGAGGGGCCGGCCGCGCCGACUCCCGACGCCCCCGGAGCUCGAAGCCGAAGGCCCCGUUGCCCGCGCGAGGGGAGCGAGUCCCCUCUGUCAUCGUGGAGUUCAGAGACCCUCAGGACAGCAGCGAUGGGGACGCCCCUCUGGAGGCCGGCGCUGUGGGCUGGGAGUCAGCCCAGGAGGGGGACUCGGAGGGGGAGGGGCAACCGCCCCAGGACCCCCCAGUGCCCCCUUCCCCUGUCAAGAGGAAACAGGACAGGAAGCUCCCAAGCAGAGGGUCUCUCGGCAGCCCCCCCGGGAGCAGCGAGGAGGAGGAAGGAGACCUCGACAUCCUCUGCAGAUCCCUGGAGCCCGCGCUGGAGCCCGACACCCCCAGCCUGCCGGAGUUGGCGCCGGGGACCCCGUGGCCCCCGCGGCCGGAGGAGCUGGAGGGGUUUGUGCUGCGCCCGGUGCCCCCCGGGGUGACUGUUCGGUGCCGCAUCAGCCGGGACCGCAAGGGGGUGGACAAAGGCGUCUUCCCCUUCUACUACCUUCACCUGGAGAGAGACGAUGGGAGGAAGCUGUUUCUCAUGUCUGGCCGGAAGAGAAAGAAAAGCAAAACUUCCAAUUACCUCAUUUCCCUCGACCCCAUCGACCUGUCCCGGGACGGGGACGGCUUCAUGGGGAAAGUCAGGUCCAACUUGCUGGGCACCAGGUUCACGGUGUUCGAUAACGGGACAAAUCCGGACAAAAAACCCUUCGUCCCCGAAACGGCUCCGAUCCGGCAAGAGCUGGCGGCCAUUUGCUACGAGACCAAUGUGCUGGGGUUCAGGGGCCCAAGAAAAAUGACUGUGAUUAUCCCCGGCAUGAACACGGACAACGAGAGAAUCAGCAUCCGCCCCAAAAAUGAACACGAGACCCUGCUGACCCGGUUCCAGAACCGAAACCUCCAGAACCUGCUGGUUCUGCAGAACAAGGUGCCGGCCUGGAACGAGGAGACCCAGUCGUACGUGCUCAACUUCCACGGCCGCGUCACCCAGGCCUCCGUCAAGAACUUCCAGAUCGUCCCCGACCACGACCCCGAGUACAUUGUGCUGCAGUUUGGCCGGGUGGCGCCCGACGUCUUCACCAUGGACUAUCGCGCCCCCCUCUGCGCCCUGCAGGCCUUCGCCAUCUGCCUGUCCAGCUUCGACGGGAAACUGGCCUGCGAGUAGCCCCCGGACAUGACCCCGUGACCUCCGACCCCCGCCAGCCUGCACAGGACCCCAUGACGCCCAAUCCCGUGCCCUUGGACUGACCCUGCGACCUCUGACCCCACGACCUUGGAAUGACGCCGCCAUCUCCGACCCUAUGAUCUCUGCCGUGAUCUCCGACCCUGUGACCUCUGACCGAUGCUGACCUACUCUGUGUGGCUGGUUUCUCUCUGACCCACCCCUUCCCCUGUUGACGGGUCCUUGUCACCCUUGACCUCUGAUUCCUUGACUUUACCCUUUGACCUCUCACCACUCCGACCUCUGGCAUCUUUAAUGUCAUUCUUGACCUUUGACCUCCCCACCUUGGCCUCUGACCUCUUUGGGCCUAGCUUAUCCUUGACCUAUGACCCCUGAUUUUCUUUGUUGCUCUCUGGUCUUUUGAUGUCAUCCUUGACCUGUGGUCUGUUUGACCCUUGACCUCUGACCCUUCGUCCUGACCUUUGCCCUCUGGCCCUGAACCAUUUCACCUCUCUUGAAGACGAUGCCGUGACGGCAGCUGCAGCCGCCAUCUUGAUUGACUCAGUUUCCCCCUGCCCCCAAAGAAGCAGGGGUCAGGGCUGUUUUGGGGGACCCCCCAAUGCAUGGACUGUAAAGUGCCCCUCACCCCUAAGAGUGUAACAGAUUCUUGAUCCAAAUAAAAUCUACCCAGAAGCGA